AUGAUUGUUGAUCUACCAAAGGAUGGAGCCUAUGAUUCCAUCCUAGUCAUCAUCAAUAGUUUCACCAAUUACAGGAUCUUUAUUGAAUGUUCCAAGAAACUCAAAGCACCAGAGUUAGCAGAACUAUUCCUACAACAUGUAUGGAAACAUCAUGGAAUACCAGAGAAGACAAUAUCAGAUAGGGGAAGGACCCUCACUUCUCUUUGGCUUACCAUCCCACAGAGUGACAGACAGACCAAACAUGUGAACCCAUCAAUCAAAAACUUCCUGAGGGCAUACUCUGGCAUCAACCAAAAGGACUGGACCAGGUGGCUCCCUAUGGCCAGGUUUGCCUAUAACAACACAGUCCACAGUAGUACAGGGAAAACACUGUUCAAGGCAUUAUAUGGGUGGGAACCAUCCUUGACCCCCAGCAAUGUUCCUACAGAUGAGGUGGAAGCCACACUCCAGCAAGCCAAGAACUGUAUGAUUGCAGGAGAACCAGACCAGCUUAAAACCCUGAGCCCCAAGCUAAUGGAACAACACUUGAGACCCUUCAAGAUCAUGGAGAAAAUCUCUGACAGGGCCUACUGGUUGGAACUUCCCCUGUCAAUGAAAAUCCACAAUGUCUUCUAUGUGGGGUUACUAUUGAAAGUAAAAAGGGACAAAGCCAGAACCUUUGAGAACAGACCACCCCCAGUAACAGUUGACAGGGAGGAAGAAUACAAGGUAGAAGGGAUCACAGACAUGGAAGAACAAAACAGAGAAUGGUUCUUUAGGGUUAAUUGGAAAGGCUACAGAUCAGAGGAAAAUACCUGGGAACCAAGGGAAAACCUCAAAAACGCCAAGAAAAUCCUAAAAAAUUUCGAAAAGGAGAUGAAAAAGAAGGCCCUUGGUGCUGCCAAGGCCCUUAGAGGGGAGGCAGUGUCAUAG